CUCUCUCUCCCCUGCCUGGGAAAACUUCUUGGAACAGGGGACUGGGGGAAUCCCCAUGGGAUCGGGCUCCAAGCAGGGUGUUUGGGGCACUGGAGAAGCCUGUAUUCCUGGGCCCCUCCCAGAGCAGGAAUCUGGGCCCAGGCUGGGUGCCAGCCCCACCUAGGCCCGGACAUGAGACCCCCGUACCUCCGCCUCUCCGCCGCCUCUGGCCCCUGGAUCCCGAAGAAGCUGCUGCUACCGCUGCUGAUGGCGCAACUCUGGGCCUCAGUGGCGGCGCUGCUCCCCGGAAAUGACACCGACUUGGACACUGCGCUCUCCGGCGCCCAGUGCGCGCGCGGCUCGCAGCCCUGGCAGGUCUCCCUCUUCAAUGGUCUCUCCUUCCACUGCGCGGGCGUCCUGGUGGACAAGAGUUGGGUGCUCACGGCCGCGCACUGCUGGAACAACAAGCCACUGUGGGCUCGAGUUGGGGACGACCAUCUGCUGCUCCUCCAGGGCGAGCAGCUCCGUCGGACCAUUCACCCUGUCCCCCACCCCAAGUACCGGCUGGGAUCAGGCCCACUCCUGCCAAGACGCACUGAUGAGCAUGACCUCAUGCUGCUGAAACUGGCCAGGCCUGCCAUGCUGGGGACUCGUGUGCAGGUUGUGCGCCUGCCCUACAGAUGUGCGCAGCCUGGAGACCAGUGUCAAAUCGCUGGCUGGGGCACCACAGCCACCCGACGGGUGAAGUACAACAGGGGUCUGAGCUGCUCCCGGGUUACUAUCCUGAGCCCUAAGCAGUGUGAAGUCUUCUACCCUGGUGUGGUCACCAACAACAUGCUGUGUGCUGGACUGGACCAGGGCCGGGACCCUUGCCAGAGUGACUCAGGUGGUCCCCUGCUCUGUGAUGAGACCCUGCAGGGUAUCCUUUCCUGGGGUGUCUACCCCUGUGGCUCUUCCCAGCAUCCAGCUGUCUACACCCAGAUCUGCAAAUACAUCAACUGGAUAGAGAAAACCAUUCGCACCAACUGAUGAGGAUGCCACCAGCACACUCUUCACCAUCUGUUCACUUCCUCGGAUCCCUGCACUUCCUCCCACUCCCCUCCACCCCCAGUGACUGAACUCUCUUCCUCCCCUGCUCAAACCUCUGCCACCCAUCCACACCUACUCACAUCUCUCCUCUCCCCUCAUGACCCUGCCUUCCCCCAUUCUCUGCCUGCAUCAAAGCAGAAGUGCAGAAAGUGAUGAGGAAGUUUUAUUCAAGAAAGGCAAGCAAGCAGGUCGACCAAUCUCUAACAGAAGUUACCAGAGUAUCACAGUUAUGUGGAGGCACCUGACCUGGCUUCCUGUACCACUCCCUGCUGUGUGAUGUUGGGCAAGCCAAGAGCCCUCUCUGAUCCUUGGUUUUCUCACCUGGAAAAUGAGGACAAUGAAGUGCCUAUCUCAUAGACGUGUUGAGGAACCCAUGAUAGAGUGUACAUGUAAAUUGUUAUGGUAAUUACAUAAAGAAUUUAACACAGUGGGUGAUGAGCCCUGAAUAAAGGUUACCUAUUUACAUGACAUGAA